CACACACUCUCUCUCUCUCUCACUCGUCGAUGAGAGCGCGAGCGCUUAGCAGGAAAACACAGAGGUCUGCCUGUUGCGCACGCGGCACAGUGAGAGCGUCAACUUCCAGCGUUGAGCCAGUGAAUGAUUAAAGAGUGAUCGACGGCCCGAGGAUGAUGAGCUCGCAUCAACAACACCCGGCCCUCGGCCUGUUUUCCAGUAUGGACCUACACCGCAUGGAUAUGGCUGCGGCCGCGGCCGUAGCCCAGGACCAGGUUAAUCACCAUCAGCAUCACCAUCAUCAUCAUCAGCAGCAACAGCAUCAUCACCAUCAUCAUCAUCAGCAGCAGCAGCAGCAGCAGCAGCAGCAACAACAGCAACAGCAGCAGCAACAGUCGUCGGUAGUGUCACAGGAGCAGCACAUCAAACGUCCGAUGAACGCCUUUAUGGUUUGGUCGCGUAUUCAACGCAAGAAGAUCGCCGUGGACAAUCCGAAGAUGCAUAACUCGGAGAUCUCGAAGCGAUUGGGAGCCGAGUGGAAACAGCUGACGGAGCACGAGAAGCAGCCGUUUAUUGACGAGGCCAAGCGGCUCAGGGCAAUGCACAUGAAGGAGCAUCCGGACUACAAGUACCGGCCUCGCAGGAAGCCCAAGGUCCCGGUCUCGGUAGUGCCCAAUGGUAAACCCGGACAGGCCCUCGGCGCUGCUGGAUUCCCCAGCUUCUCCUUACCCUACUUCGCCUCGCCAGCAGGCCCCGUUGGGCAUCAUCCCCAUCAUCCCCAUCCUCUGGAUUACGCGCCGUUACCCGGCUACUUUGGUUCGGCAUUCGACGCGGUCCACCUUGGCAAACUCGUGUCCACUGCUCAGACGCAGCAAACCUCGACGACGGCUGCGGACGUCGCCAACAACAAUGCGGCAUCCGCAGCGGCGGUCGUCAGCAGCUUCUACUCCAGCCUCUACAACCCGGCGAAUCAACAAGGCAAGGUCGCGAGCCACUAUGGAUCAGCGGCGACUGCCUCCCACCUGGGCUCGCUCUUCCCCGGAGCGGCGCAUCAUCCAAUGGCCUCAUCCGGUCUUGUAUUCCCAGGGGCGCAGUUGGCCGGAGCUCAGAUUGCUCACAGCGUCAGUCCCAGCAGUAGCCCCGGCUCAACGCCUAUAUCCUCUGGACAUGGAUCCUCCACGUCGCCGUCCGCCGCUCCGAGCCUUGACCUGGAUCAACUGAGGCGACCGGUAUCGGUUAUAUUCUAGAAGGCGCGUCUCAGUCGUACGAAAGUAUAUUUUUGUAUUUUUUAUCUUCUCUUUGGUUGAACUCGGUCGGUCCGUUUCCUUUGAAUCUCGGUAUUGAGGAAUCUGUGCACCUUCAUACGUCACUUCGUUAUAUCGAAGAUAUCGGUAAUUCCAGGCGUCGUGGAAUCUGGAAAAGCGUUGUGUAUGAU